AUGGCACACAAUAGCAAAGAUGUCUCGACCGAGAAGGUCCAAGGCACCGCAGAGCUUACUCAAGGUUCGGACUCAGAUGCGCCAGUUGUAGCUAUCUUACAAGAAACACCCAAGAGGAGUUGGAAGUCGUAUAUAUGGGACACCUUUGACAAAUCACCUGAGGAACGAAAGUUUCUCUUCAAGCUUGAUGCCGCUCUUAUGACGUUGGCGUCUUUGGGAUAUUUCAUUAAGUAUUUGGAUCAGGUGAACAUCAACAAUGCCUUUGUGUCGGGCAUGAAAGAGGACAUGAAUCUGUUCGGCAAUGAGCUGAACUAUAUGCAAACAUGUUGGACUGUCGGAUAUGUCAUCGGCGAGAUCCCAAGUAACAUGCUACUGACGCGCAUCCGACCCAGUAUCUGGAUCCCCGCCUGCGAAGUAACUUGGUCCGUCCUCACCAUCCUCCUUACAAAAUGCACAAACGCCACUCAACUCUACGUCCUUCGCUUCUUCAUCGGUCUUGCAGAAAGUACCUUUUACCCUGGAAUGCAAUACAUCGUCGGGUCAUGGUAUCGCAAAGACGAACUCGCCAAACGAUCGUGCUUGUUCCACGCCAUGGGAAAUGUCGGAUCGAUGGUAUCAGGCUAUCUCAUGGCUGGUUCGCACAACCUCGAUGGCGUACAUGGGUAUCACGGCUGGCAGUGGUUGUUCAUCACCAACACGGUAGUGUCCCUCCCCAUCGCCAUAUCAGGUUUCUUCUUCCUACCAGAUCUGCCCGAGAUCACGAGGGCCUGGUACUUCACACCAGAGGACAUCGCCCUCGCAAAGAAGCGUAUGGAACUUGAAGGUCGAGCCCAAAGAUCACCUUACACGAAGGCCAAGUUCAAGAAGAUCUUCACAAGCUGGCAUAUUUACACCCUGGUCCUUCUCUACAUCCUCUUCAACAACGGCAACGGCGGAAACUCUCAGCCCGCAUUCCCCCUCUGGCUCAAAUCAGAAGGCUACUCCAUCCGCGACGUAAACCUCUACCCCACCAUCGUCGAAGUAAUCAGCGUCAUAACAACGCUCAUCUACGCCUGGACAUCAGACAGUCUCUUCCGCGGCGCGCGCUGGCCCGCCAUCGUAUUCUCCGGCUUAGUCAAGAUAAUAGCCUACGUCGGAUUGACGGUCUGGAAAGUUCCUACGCCGUUUACGUGGGUAUGCUUCAUGCUCUGCGGUUUUGGCGGCGGGAUCAGUGGCCUUACGUUUGCGUGGGCGCAUGAGAUUUGUAGCGAUGAUAAUGAGGAGAGGGCGCUGGUUACAGGGGCGAUGAAUCAGAUGGCGCAUGCUUUGGUGGGUGAGGCGUAG